UUCUCUUUCAAAAUUUGAAUCAUUCUAAUUUCUGAUCAGAAAGAAAAAUCGCAGAGUGAAAAAGAGGAGAGAGAAAGUAUCGAAGUUCAUUGAGAGAAGCCGUUUCUUGCGAAGCAAGCAUUCACUUGUAGUUCUUCUUCCCCGAAAACAGAAACGAAGAUGAAUGAUCUGAUGACGAAAUCGUUUCUAAGUUAUGUGGAACUCAAGAAACAAGCCAAGAUCGAUACAGAAUCAGAGCGCGACGUCGAGAAAGGCGAACUCAACGAAGAAGCCCUCUCCGCUUUCUUCGCAGAGAUCGAAUCAAUCAAAACCCUAAUCGAAGAGAUCACUCAUCUCUUGCUUGAAGUACAGAACCUUAACGAAGAGACCAAGUCCACUCACAGCGCCAAGAUCCUCCGCGGUUUGAGAGACAGGAUGGAGUCCAACAUCGUCGCCGUGUCUCGCAAGGCGAACACGGCCAAAGCCCUAAUCGACGCCGUCGAGACCGAGAAUCGCAGGAGCGGAUCUUGCACCGACAGGACGCGUGUGGCGAUAACGAACGGUGUUAGGGCGAAACUGAGAGAGACUAUGGGGGAGUUUCAUCGGCUGAGGGAGAUGAUCUUUGCUGACUACAGAGAAGAUCUCAAGAGGAAGUACUUUUUAGCGAUAGGUGAAGAGCCGAGUGACGAAGCAAUGGAGAAGAUGAUGAUAUCUGGAGGGCUUGUGAAGACGUUUGAAGUGAAAGCAGAGAUGGAUUUGGAGAUGAAAGAGAGACAUGAAGCUGUGAAUGAGAUCAAGAGGAGUCUUAACAGGCUUCAUCAAGUGUUUCUCGACAUGGCUGUUCUUGUUGAGACGCAGGGAGAUGGGGUUGAUGAUAUUGAAGCUAACGUGGCUGUUGCUGGGAGCUUUGUGAGUGGAGGAACCAACAGUUUGUUCUAUGCGAAUCAGAUGAAGAAGAAGAACAAGAAAUGGGUUGUUUGGGGUUCGGUUUUGGGGGUGAUUAUUCUUCUUGUGUGUUUGAUCUCCAUGCUUGCUUCUCGUUGAAUUGUGUUUCUGAUUCCUUGUUUUGGUGGAGAUUUGUUGCUUCUUUUGAUUAGUCAAGCUAGCUUGGUACUUCUUUUUUUUCCCAAGUGUAAUAGAUCUUCCAAUGAUUUUGUAUCAGUAACCUUCAGGUUUGGUUUGAUGAAUCUACUAAAAUGGAAAUGUCAUUUACCAAACUUAGAAAGAGAAAACAUGCUAUAGUGUUA